AUGGAUCAAUCACGGGCCAUUAAUGGUCUUGCUCCUUUCAUAGCCCUCGCAAAGUCUGCAAACUCACCUCGUGCGGCCGCCGACUUGGUGACUCAAGCAACAUCAGCAGCCAACACCUACGUAUUCGCAGCGCUCCUUGAACAGCCAAACGUAAAGGCGUUGGUUAGCAACGAACAAUAUGGAAAGUUCCACACAUUACUGGAGAUCUUUGCAUGGGGCACGUUGGAGACAUAUGAAGCAACCACUGAUCUACCUCCACUUUCGGACGCUCAACUGCAAAAGCUACGGCUGCUCUCAUUACUCACAAUCGCCUCUCAACGCAAGGAACCACCCUCCUCAUCACCAUCCUCGGCCUCAAAUCUCAGCUACAACUCCCUCUGCACACGCUUGAGGCUGGAGUCCUCCAUCGAGCUAGAACAACUCGUCACCGAAGCGAUCUACAGCGAUCUCGUCGUCGCAACCCUCAACCCCGCCCUUCAAACCGUCGUCAUCACAUCCGUCGCUCCACUGAGAGAUCUCGCUCCGGGCAGCGUCCAAUCGAUGAUCGACGAGCUCGCCGCCUGGAGCAAACGCUGCAGUUCCGUGCUCGCAGAUCUCGAGGCGGAGAUCCAAAAGGUUAAAGAUGAGGCGGAGUUGCGCGCGGGCCGAGAGGCGCGGACAGAGAGACAGGUCAAGGCUGCGAUGGAUGCG